GUGACCGAAAAAGAAAGUUGAUAAUCAAUAACUUUUUGAGUCGGUUUUGACGAGUGUAUCUAAUAUGGGGAGAACGGCAACACUCGCCACAUGCACAUUGAAUCAAUGGGCAAUGGAUUUUGAAGGGAAUUUGUCAAGAAUAAUAGAAAGUAUUCAAAAGGCCAAAGAGCUUGGUGCAACUUACAGAUUAGGACCUGAACUGGAGAUAACAGGAUAUGGAUGUGCAGACCAUUUUCUGGAGAGUGAUACAUUCUUACACUCGUGGCAGAGUUUGGGUCAGAUUCUCACUAAUCCAGUUACCCAGGAUAUUCUUUGUGAUGUUGGAAUGCCAGUGAUGCAUAAAAAUAUAGCUUACAACUGUCGUGUUUUCUUUCUGAACAAGAAAGUUUUACUGAUUCGACCAAAGAUGGCACUGGCAAAUGAUGGCAACUACAGAGAACCAAGAUGGUUUACAGCAUGGGGUAAACAUAAACAAAUAGAGGACUAUUACCUCCCACGUAUGAUACAGGAUAUUACAGCUCAGAAAACUGUACCUAUUGGUGAUGCUGUGAUAUCUACUAUAGAUACGUGUAUUGGAUCAGAAAUCUGUGAAGAAUUGUGGACACCUGAUGGGCACCAUAUUGAUAUGAGUUUAGAUGGAGUUGAGAUAAUCGCCAAUGGUAGUGGCAGCCAUCAUGAAUUACGGAAAGGUUACGUCAGAGUUGAUCUCAUUAAAUCUGCUACAAUGAAGUGUGGAGGUAUAUAUGUGUUUGCUAACCAGAUUGGUUGUGACGGUGAUAGAGUAUAUUAUGACGGCUGUUCAAUGAUUGCCAUUAAUGGAAAGAUUUGCUCCCAGGGGCCACAGUUUGGCUUACAGGAAGUGGUAGUAAAUGUAGCCACUGUUGAUUUAGAAGAUGUGAGAACUUACAGAAAUGCCAUCCGUAGCAGGAAUGAGUUGGGAUCCAAAUCCUAUGCCUAUCCUAGAGUUCAUUGUGAUUUUGCUGUUUCCCAUGAUGACUCCUUUCAGCCAACCACUGACCCCAUAGAAUGGCAGUACCAUACACCUGAAGAGGAGAUUAGCUUGGGACCAGCCUGUUGGUUGUGGGACUACCUUAGAAGGAGUGGUCAGGGAGGAUAUUUUCUCCCCCUUAGUGGGGGUAUUGAUAGUUCUAGUACUGCCUGUAUUGUCUCCAGUAUGUGUCAUCUUGUGAUAGAUGCUGUCAAGAAGGGAGAUACUAAGGUGUUAUCAGAUGUGAGGAAAGUCAUAGGUGAUCCAUCUUAUAUACCCACAGAUGAUAAAGAGCUAGCUGGUUUAGUGUUUACAACAUGUUACAUGGGCUCAGAAAACAGCUCUAAAGAAACACAGUCUAGAGCUGCUGAAUUAGCUCAACAGAUUGGCAGCUUCCAUUUAUCAAUAAAGAUAGAUAUAGCAGUAGCUGCCAUAUUAACAGUAUUUACCACUGCACUGAAGUUGAUUCCCAAGUUUAAAGCCAAUGGUGGAAGUCUGAGAGAAAAUCUGGCUUUACAAAAUAUACAGGCCAGAGUAAGAAUGGUGUUAGCCUACCUAUUUGCCCAGUUAUGUUUGUGGACCAGAGGGAGAUCUGGUGGACUGCUGGUUCUGGGCUCUGCUAAUGUAGACGAAUGUUUACGUGGAUAUAUGACUAAGUAUGAUUGUUCCAGUGCAGAUAUUAACCCUAUAGGUGGCAUCAGUAAAUCUGACUUACGGAGAUUUAUAUUGUAUUGUAGAAAUAGAUUUGGCUUUUCUGCCUUAGAAAAGAUUUAUAAUGCCCCGCCCACUGCAGAAUUAGAACCUUUGAAAGAUGGACAGCACCUGGCACAAACAGAUGAGGUAAGAUUGUCUAAAGAUGGACAGCACCUGGCACAAACAGAUGAGGUAAGAUUGUCUAAAGAUGGACAGCACCUGGCACAAACAGAUGAGGUAAGAUUGUCUAAAGAUGGACAGCACCUGGCACAAACAGAUGAGGUAAGAUUGUCUAAAGAUGGACAGCACCUGGCACAAACAGAUGAGGAUGAUAUGGGAAUGACUUAUGAUGAGUUGUCGUUGUAUGGUAGAUUGAGAAAACAGAGUUAUUGUGGACCCUUUAGUAUGUUCUGUAAACUGGUCCAUAUCUGGAGUGACAAGUUUUCUCCUGGCCAGGUUGCAGAGAAGGUGAAGUUUUUUUUCCGUCAUUAUGCCAUCAACAGACAUAAGAUGACAGUUGUGACACCAGCAUAUCACACAGAAACCUAUAGUCCAGAUGACAACAGAUUUGAUCAUCGCCAGUUUCUGUAUAAUGCAAAGUGGCCUUGGCAGUUCAAAUACAUAGAUUUACAGGCAAAGAAGCUGAUGAUUGUUUAUGAGGAGAGGAAAAACCACCUGUCGGAGAAUGCUAAGACCAAUGAUAGCAGGACAUCACAGAACAGGAAUAUCUUUAACGAAUCUGUUAACAGCAUCGGAGGGUCAGAUGUGGGUGUGGUAGUUGACAUGGGGCCUGUUAACCCACAUGAUGUUUACAUUGAUGUCAAUACUGGACAUGAAGUGAUGUACUCUGAUAAUGGUGUACCGCUCUAUGAAGAUGGAACUCUUCUAAUAGAACCACAUGAUGAAAAUGAAUUCAUGUUAACUGCAGAGGAGGAGCAGAUGGCUGUUUCCAUGGAUACAGAAGAUUUAAACAAUGAAUCUAGUGAUAAUCAGAGGUUGUGUCAGCAUAAAGAGGAUGACUCAGUGUUAGAGGAAGAUGACAGUUUUGUUGAGAAAGAUGAAAUGAGAUCGAAGAUUAUUGAACUUAGCAAUCAAAAGAUGGAUAAUAGCACAAAGGCUGAUAAUUUACAAGUUAUACAAAAGAAAGAUUCAGAUAAAGAUAGGAAAGGAGAGUCUAAAACGGGUCAAAGGUCAGUUCAGUCAGUGUCUAAAACAAUCAAGACAGAAAAAGAGUCAGCAGAAAAUGUUGGGACAAAGUUAAAUUAUCAAAGAAGGAAUCUACGACGGAAGAAACUGAAAGUUGAUCAUCGUAGAAUGUCACACAAGCCACUUAGUCCUCUCAAUAAAUUAGCCAAUCGUUUUAAAAGGCCACUGAAAAGGCCUCUGUUAGCUGCUCCUGCAAGACAGCCCUUGCUAAAAUCUCCUCAGAAAAAAACACUGUUGACAUCUCCUCCAACAACUCCUACAGAAAAUGAACCAAAACAAGGUUUUUCUGGAUCAAGAGAUAACAUGCCCUCCACUUCAACAGGACCACAUGUGAUUCAAACACCUAGGAUUACUCCUUUACAAAGUAGACCAAACAUUCAAUCUAGUCAUGCCGUUGGAAGGCCAAUUAUCACACCAAGUGUAGCGCCUGGAGUCAGAAUUGGAAACCGAGUUUUGCUCAGGAACCAGUAUAGUGGAACUCCCAUACAACAGGGAAUACAGGUAAAUACAACAAGGAUGGCUAUAAAUAACCCGGGUGUUAGGGCUGCCUUGAUAAACAGGUCUGCAGCAGUCAGUGCUGCUGGUCUACAGGCUAAAUUAGCACAGCAGAGAGUGAUAGCACAGACUCGACAGGGAUUUACCACACAAUCACAACAGUCUUAUGCUGCACAGACAAGCCAAGGAUAUACUGCUCAGUCUCAACAGGCCUUUGCAACAGGAUCACGAUCUGGCUUUUCUGGGCACAGUCAGCAGAGUUUUGUUGCUCAGGCUCAACAAGGGUACGGAAGUUCAUCAGGAUAUUCAUCUCGUGUGAUACAGCAGGCCCAGGUACAGAAUACAACAGGCCUGAUACAGAACACUGUCCAACAGACUGUUGUUGUACAACAGAAUUCGGCAGGCCUACCACCAGGAAAAUGGCCAGCACAUACAUUACUCACUGGAGAUAAUGUGUACAGGUCUCAGCGGUACAAUCCUGUGAUGAAUCAGAUGGCUGCUAUGAGAGGGAGGAGAUAAAAUGCAUUGGACAUUAAAGAGGGGGAGGGAGAAUGCAUCUGCCAAGAGGGCAUUGAGAUAUUUUUUAAAGAGCAAUGUCAGCUGAGUCCACUUAUCUUUUUUUCUUUCAAAUUGUCAAUUCUAUACUGGCCAUAUUAUUAUAAAAAAAUGUUUAGAAUAUCUGAAAUAUUUUAGCCAAAAAUGUGCAAGUUGAAUUCGUGUAAAUCUAUAUUGAAACCAUCUCAUUAAGCUACUGUAAAUUCAGAAAUUAUUGCGAUGUUUUUAUUAUUGCGAACAAUGCGACAGGGUUAUAAUCGCAAAAAUUUCAACUCGCAUUUCGAAAUAUUUUAUAUAAAUUAAACAGGAUUUUUCUCAAUAUCGCUAAAAUUAAAAUCGUAUUUUAGUCUAAAAUGGCAAAAUCGCAAUAAUAAAUGCACGCAAUAAUUUAUGAAUUCACAGUAUUUGAUCAGAAAAUUGUUUUUUCAACCAUUAGCUUCUGUAACAAUAGAAGUAGUAUACUGGGUGGUAGAUUGAGGUGGAGCAUAGAGGGAGUACCCUCUCCUUGAUCAGAAAAAUAUCAGUUUUUGGCAUAAAAUUAGCUACAAAAAGAAAUGGCAUCUAUAUAGUAAGCAACCUUUUUAUCAUGUUUGACAAUUAUGCCCUCCUCCCCCUUUCCUCAAUCUAACAACAAAUGCACUUGCUGUUUGCAAAAAGAAAAAAAGGUUAUGAUAAGAGUUAUAUCUGAUAAGAUGUGAUUAUAUUUUAUAUGAUGAUAGAUAUAUAGUAGUGUGGGUGAAUUACAGCUCAUUGGAAAACUUAUUUUCAACAGAAAGAUUAAAUAAUUAUAGAUGACUUUAUUUUGUUGUGGAGCAUAGAAAGGCAGAUAUAUUUGGACAUAUCUUAUAGAUUUUUAUGUUUUUAACCCACUCCAAUGCAAUAUUGGUUUACCUUUCAAUCCAUCAAUCUCAGGCUCUAUCCAACAGUUACAGUUACAUUUUUCUCAGUAACUACAUGUAUUCUUGAUACUGGGAAAUCAUUAUUAUUGAUUGAAUGCAUGAAUUAAAUAGAUAUAAAUUAACCUCUAAUUCAGGUGUUCAAGAAAAAUACAAAUUUUGUACAUAAUUUAUGAAAGCAGCACAUUCAAGUACCCAGCUCUUCUUAAAAGUACAAUUUGUUCACGAUACAUGAAAAUUAGAACCCAUGAAAAUAAAUAGAUUCCCAGUACAUGGAUGUUUCAUCCUUCAUCUGGUUAUCAAAACUGGUUGACAAGUUUUCAGCUCCUUUAUGUUGUACUUCUGUUUGCUCAAACUCAUAUCUAUAAAAUAUAAUACACAUUUAGUCAACAGCUAUGAGCAGGUGUAUAACUAGUGAGCAGUAGCUCACAGUAGAUCUCGUUUGCCAAUUUUUGAGCCCUUUUCCCCCACAGGGCAACUAUCAGUAUAAGGAUGCUACACAAUACAUAUUUCCUUAAUGACUCGUGAUGAAUGAGCCUUUAUAGCUAGUAUCUAUGAAAAAUAGAAACAGCAUCCAUUCUAGUCUCAAAAGUCGUUAGGUCUGACCAUUAUAAUAGUUACUGUUUAUAUUGAGAAUCAGCCUAGUACCAUAUGGAAUGAUAUGACAUGUAAACUUUGACCUUUAUAAUAGUUACAGGUCACAUUGAUUACCAUUUUUAUAUCAUAUAUGUGUGGUAUUACCUUAGACCGCCUUUGUGGUUUUUAAGUUUUGAUGUAUAAUUUUUUAUGUGAACCUUAUGAAGUUAUUUCAGAAACAUGUUUACACAGGGUAAUUAUAUAUUUUUUUUAAUUUUUUUUUUUUGGGGGGGGGGGGUGGGAUUGUAGAUCAGAAGCUAUAAUGUACAUGUUGAAUACAAAACAAAACAUUCUAUCAAGAGAACUUUUCACAAUUUGAAACAGUCAUAUUUUUUUUUAAAUGUAUUCACGGACGGCUUGGUUGCACAAAGGCUAUUUAAAUUUGAAUGAUGUUUAAAUUUCAAGUUGGUUAUUAAUAAAGUUGUUGAAUAUUUUCAUAUUUAAUUGACACUUAAAAUUUAAACAUUCCAUAAUUUAAUUGAUGUUGGUGCAACCCAGUCUAGACAUUUAAAAUGUAUGACUAUUAUUGUUGUGAAUAAAUUGCUAACCAGGAAACAAAUGUAACAGAUUUAUUUGAAUAUAAACAAUGAACAUAGAUUAUUUGCAUGAUUAUAAACAUCCAAUUUAUUUAUUUUUUAUGUCAAAUAAUUACCGUAUGUAAGAGGUGUAUAUAUAUAAUUUGAUCUAUUUAUUAUGAGCUUUGUAUGAUAUGAUUUAAUCACUAUUCAGUUAAUAUAUCCAGGGGCGGAUUUCAAGGGGGGUGCCCAUGUCACGAAAUAGAAAUUCCUUCAUAAUAUUAGUUCCGAAUGGAAAAAAUAUUCUGGAAUAUUAUUUCCACUGGAAUAAAUAUUACAGUAUAUGUUCCUAGCGGAAUAAAUGGUAUAGAAUAUUUGUUCCAACAGGAACAGAUAUUAUGACAUUGUUUAUAACAAAGUUUCCAGUGGCGGAACAAAUAUAUGUUGACACCUGGGACCCCCUUAUGGAGCUUUAUUUAUGGCUAAUCAAGACUUUUACCGCUUCCACAACAAAUUUUGUCUAGUUUGGGGGCUCACAUGCCUCCCUUUUCAAAAUCAUGGAUCUGCAUCUGAUAUUAGCUGGUCAAAUAACUUUUGUCACAAUUCUGCCUCUAAGAAUAACUGAUUUGUUGAACCAUAAUCUUUUAUGCUAAUGUGAUCAAAUGGAAAAAUAGAUAAAAAAUUAUCUUUUCCCCUGCUUGACCUUUUAAAAAUUGAUCUGGGAAACCGAAGAUUCUUAUGAAGGUACAUUACAAUGUAUCAUUAGUGACAUAAAAUACACAGUGAACAGUUAUGCUGUUAAAAUACACAUAUCAACAUGAAAUACACAAUGAACUGUAAUGAUGUUAAAAUACACAUAUCAAAACUUUGUUCAUUUCCAGAGAGGGAUCUGUUAUUUGAAAAUUGAAUGCCUCUUUUUAUAAUUUUAUUUGGGUGUAAAGCGUUGACAGACUCACAUUUUGUAUGAAGCGCGGAAAUGCAUCAUAUUAAAAAUGUGUGCCUAGAUCAAUGCUUUUAUACCCCUAUAAAAUUAUAAAAAGACACAUUCAAUUCUUAUAAUUACAUUUAUAUGCUAAAACCAUGAAAUUAAGGGUUAAAUCAAGCUUUUCAUUUGUUUUUUUUCAAUGCAUUAUUUUAAAAUAUCUCCCAGAUAGCAAGUACAGUCAUAGCUGUUAUAUUUUAUUCAGAAAUAAUAUAUGAUAAUGGAGUUCCAUCGCAAUUGUUGGCAGCUAAUCAAAAUUACUGAUGCUAAUGAAACACACAUGUAAUUUAAUUAUAGUUCUUUACUAUCCAAAGUCAUUUAAAUAGAACUGUAAUAAAAGUGAUCACAAGUUAUUCUCAAUUGCUUUGGACUUUUUAUUAUUUUUUUCCCUUUUAAGAUUUUUGUCUUGCAGAGUCAUUUUUAUGGAUGAGCAAGGUUAGUUGUGGGAAAAUGGUCUAAUUUUUUUUCCACUUUGCACAGUCUGAGCCAGUAUUUUUUAUUUUUGUGAUUUUGUUUUAUUUGGUUACACAGCACCAUGUUGUAUUUGUACACCAGUAAGAGUUCAUUAUCUGAUCUAAUAACUAGAUAGUUAGUCUGUACACAUUUGAGAUAGGAGCAUUUUAACAUGGAGAUUAGAAAAGUCUCAUCAUGGGACAUUUUUUUAGGCAUUUACCUAGUCUUUCUCAAAAGAGAAUUAAACAAAAAUAGUGGAUUUAACAUAUUUCCAGUGAAAAUAUUCUACCAUCUUUCUAUUUUUCUAAGUUUUUUAUGCUUUAUUGUCUUAUCAAUUUUUAAAUUACAUUUGUUUUCAAAAUUUGUUCAAGUUCCAAAUCCUGUAAUAUACAGAAUUUAUUUUUAUGUAUCAAUACCUAUUUUAAGAUAUUUUUAACACGAUCUUAACUAUCAGUUAGAUUUUUUUAAAUAGAUAGAGUAAAAUAUUGUUAUCUGAUUGUAUAAUAUGAAAAUAGGGGGCCUCGGUGGCCGAGUGGUCUAAGUAGUUACUACUGUAAUCACUAGCCAGUCAACACUGAGGUUGUGAGUUCGAACCCCGCUCGUGCGGGUGCACUCGACUCAAUCUUAAUUGACUGGGAUUGUCGGUUUUCCUAUCGAAGGUAUGUGGUUUUCUCGGGGCAAUCCAGCUUCCUCCACCAAUAAAUACUGGCAGCCACGAAAUAGCCCAAAAGCGGUGCUUUAAAGUGGUGUUAAACAUCAAAAAUCAAAUAUGAAAAUAACUCUAUGCUGUAAGAGAAGUAACUCUUACUGUACCAAAUUACAAAAAAUAUAAUAGAGUUUAAUAAUUGUAUAAAGUUUAUUUUGUUUGACUAUGAAACUCCAAACUUAGUUCAUAUUUUUUUAUUAUUGUAAUUUUUUAGAUACUACAUAGCAAGAAAAUUGUAGGCAAUUGUGCAACUUUAUAAAUUUAGGGUCAAAUAGAAUGAUUUUAGCAAAAGGUCAGACAAAAAACGAAUCUACCCUCCCAAAAUCAACUUAUUACUCAAAUAAGUUUGAUAUAAGUAUUUGUUGUAGAAGUAUUUUAUAAAUAUUGUUUUUGAUACAUGUAUUAUUUGUUGCAGAUAUUGAGAAAUGUGUUAAUGUAAACAUACUGAUUUGUCACAUAUGUUUAUUAUUUUCUAGAAAUAAAAAACCUACCCUAAA